AUGGGGAGCAACACUGGGAGGGGAGGGGAAGUCUGUAUCUUGGUUCAAAGUACUAUAACAGUUAAUCUUUCUUUUUUCUCCAGCCUUAAAAGUGGGAGUGCCAGUCGUGAAUCAGCAGUUGGUGAUCACCUAAGGUCACCAUCACAUGUUUUGAAUGCUCACACAGACUCUAUUUACUCUAUGAUGAGUGCAGAUGCGUUUUGUGUAACUGGAACAAAUGGUACAAUUACGGGCCGCAGAUGGAAUGACCUAAGACAACAACAGUCCAGCGUUGCUUGGACAAUAUCUCUGGAUUGUGAUCAGGCCAAUUUUGGGACGCCAGAGGUAAAUGCCUUGGCUUAUGAUAAUGAACGCAGAAUAAUUUAUGCAGCUUGUGGGGAUUGGAGAACACAUGUUUAUGACCUAGAGACAGGGAAGAGGAUUCAAACUCUUGAUGGACAUGAUGACUAUGUUCAUGAUGUUGCUUUAGGUCAAAGUGGGAAAAUGAUAGCAAGCAGUGCAGAAGAUGGAGGAGUAUUCAUCUGGGAUUCUCGCUCUGGGCGUGAGCCACGUCACAAAAUUUUUCCCCAUUCUCAUGAACAGCUUGCAAGGCCCACAUUUGGAAGGUUUAUCACAUCAGUAGAUGUUGACAAUGAUUGGUUGGUUUGUGGAGGCGGUCCUCGGGCAGGUGUUUUCCACUUACGGUCCCUCGCAUUAACAACAGUGUUACCCCCAUCUAAAAUUGUUCAUGUUGCGAAGUUUACGCGAUAUGCGGAAGGUGGUGAUCGGGGUGGCAUUGUUGUAGCAGGUGUGAUGCCUCAUAUAUAUGUGUGUAGUUUAGCUGGACAAGUGACAGCUCAGCUCCCAUGUUCUUCUCCAUGUAUCUACACUGUACAUGUUACUAGGAAACCAUACACGGUUAUGACUUAUGGUGGGAUGAGCUCAAAAUUAGAUGUGUGCUACAACCUAAAUUACCGUGAUCAUGUUGUAUCCCUACAUGAAGAGUAACCAGUAAUUGUACAAAUUAAACCUGUAAAAUGUGUGCUGUUGGCUACCAGUAUUUUUUUUACUGUUCAGUCGGGAAUAAUUUCUGUGGCUUUUUUCUAUGCCAUAAAUGGAAAUGUUUAUAUAAUAUGAUUAUGUUGAACUUGAAAAAGUACUGGAUUCUUGCUUCUCCUCUGCUUUGUUAGAUUUGAAUAUACUUGGGUACAAUGUUACUUUCAUCCAUUCACAGUUUUAACUAAUUUUAUUAAAAAGGUUAGUAUUAUUUUCUUUAUAUAAAUAUUUUAUAUAAGUAUUAUUUCAGAAUUUAAAAAAAAACUAAUUUGUAAUCUGUAGGUCUAUCAUUUUCAUUAUAAAUUUAUUUUGGACUGAGUUAGAUUUGGAUAAGUUCUCUUGACAGUAUUUCAACUUUAUAAGAAACUCCUGUUUUGGAAAGUGUUAUUGGCUCUUAGGUUUUCAUGAUAAUAUUCAGCAUUCUUAGUAUUAUACAAGAGGUUUCUUUUAUACAUCAGUUGAAUUAUAAUAGUGAAGUUUAAUUAACCUACAUUUAUAACAGUUGUGUGCUGUUAAUGUUAAAAAAUGGUUGCUGUCAAGUUUCAUAAAUGUUCAUUCAAAUUUCCUAGUGUUGGACAUGGGUUUGUGUAAUAAAGAUGUGCUGUGAAUUAUACAAAUGAAAAAAAAAUAAACAAGGAAGUGUUAUUCAGUGUUAAUGGAUGAGUGAUGUACAGCAAUCAUUACAUUUAUUUGUUGUUGAGAUUCAUCAAUUUUGUGUUGUGUUGUGCAUUUUUCCAUACAAGUUGAUUUGCAUUUAUAUUCAUAGGAGAGAAGUGUAUCCUUGAUUGUGGCUUACGUCAGUCGUGACAAAGACAAAGGCAAACUGUAAUGGACUGUUGUGUCAAUUGAUCUCGGGUAGAAUGAUUUGCCUCUUAAAUUGUAUAUGCUAGCCUUAAAGAUUUUUUGUGGUCCAGCAUCAGAAGAGUUGAUAGAGGACAAACUGUUUUAUACAAAGUCUUCUGUCUCUGUGUGAGAGUCUUUAAAGUUAUAUUUGGACAGGGAAAUCUGUCUUCUAAAUGUAUUUGGGAAAGAAUCUGCAGUUGCAUCUUAGAUUACUUUCACAUUCAACGGGUCCAUUUUAAAUUAAUUUUGUGAGUGAUUGAACUUGAUUGACAUCCAAGAUUUUUUAUGAUCCAUAGACAGAAUAUCAAAGAUAUUCCAAGUAAUAUUUAUAUGUAAUACUCUGCUGUGUUUUAGAGUAAAUGAGAAAUUUUU